CACUUGUUAAACUACCCGGUGACUCUCUAACCUAAGGAACUCUCAUAUUAUCGAUAGUUAUACAGCCUUUACCAUCACAAAUAUCUCUUACAACUUCCACUGCUGAAAAGUGACUGCAUGAGUGGCGGUGUGUACGACAAUACAAUACGCGGGGGUUUCCCAACCUUCGCGUCACCACAUCUGAUAUGAUCGGACUUGUUUAUGGUGCAAGAAUGGCCUGUUAAGCGAGUUAUGACAUGUCAAUGUUCUAAGGGCCUUUAGGAUUACUCCAUGAGCCUGGUAUCUCAAUAACCAUCUCCUCUCACGCACGUGAGAGCCAUGUCGAACGAUGACAUAGAAGGCCUUCUUGCUGGGCUGGCCUCCCAGUCAUCACCACCAGAACGAACAUCCACACCUUGGAGCGACCAGCUACACCCAGCCUCAUCCGACCCCGUACCUCCAGUUCUGACCGAUUCCUCGUCCACGAAUUUGUUCAGGUCACCUGCUCAGCAAAACUCUACUAGCACACUCCCCACUCGCCCUCUUCCUCAGCGGCGGGUUGCUUCCACUGGUCAGGUCGCUUCAUCACUCUAUGGAGAUACGCCACAGUCUCCAACAAGCUCGUUUGAGUCUCCCCUAAGAUCAAUCUUCGUGUCAGGACCGCCGACCGCGUCCGUCUCCGCCAACACCGCCCAAGCCUCUUUGAGCACUGCGAACCCCUCGAGCAGCUCCGGGCCUCUCGCUGCCUUGACUUCCGCCGGAGGGUCUCGGCGUCCCCAUCGACUUGGAGAACUGUCUCCAUCGAUCACUUCCAUGUCAUCUGGACUGCGUCACCCACUACUGGCAAUGGAGAAGGACGUAGAUGAUCCCAACACCAGUGUGGUUGGUAAUCCCUACGAUAAUCCUUCUACAAACACUCCCGCCACUCUCGCUCGACUCUUUGCCACGAGCGAAGUGACAAGUCCUGGACCAGAGUCUCGAGGCCCCUCACACAUCCUCUCUUCUGGUUUUGCUCGGGGGCUUGAGGACACAUCGACUCUGAGUGGCCACCUUCUGCAUCACGGGUUUCAAGAAGGAAGACAUUCUGACAUCACAGUCAAAGCCUUUGGACAAAGCUAUAGGCUGCACAAGAUACUGCUUGAUCGAGUGCCGUAUUUUGCGUCUGCAUUUUCAGGCCAUUGGGCAGAGAGCAGAGCAACAGAAAUGACAAUUGCGACCGAAGAACUCGAUCCCAACAUCACCAAGACUGCAUUUGAGUUGGCCCUGAAACGGGUCUAUGGCACACAGUUUCCAACACAGGAAGAGGAGGAAGCCACAGGCUUGUUCGCCACCGCUUGUUGGCUGGACAUGCCCGAGUUGGUAGAUUCUUGUGUCGAUAAUAUCCUGCGUCAAAUGCAGCCAGCCACUUUGCACAGUCUGAUCAAACUAGUCACUCACUAUUUCUACGGCAAGUCAGGCGACCGGAUACUGUCAUCAGCAAAGGCCAUGCUCUGCAAAGAGGGCUGGGAGAUGCCUUAUGAGUACUGGGAUGAGAUCCCUGCUGAGAUCGUCCGUGAAAUUGUUGGGGGCGACGCUUUUUUCGUGCCUGGCGAAUGGGACCGCUGGUAUCUGGCUCUGAAGCUCUUGAAUAGACGACUUCGAGCAAAGGCUGUGGAACAUGGUCUCGUAUCACCAGGAGGACAUUUCUUACAUACGAAGCCCUCCGGCCUCCGGUUCUUCGCCGUGAGAUCUGAUGUUGCUUAUCGCCUGGCAGAGAAGAACCGCUAUGUUGCACCACAUGACGAGCCAUGGAUUGCUCUCUACACUUCUCCUGAGAUUGCCCCCCUCCUUGUCUUGUUAGACGAGGGCAUCCACUACGUUCAUCUCCGUUUUGAGCAACUGCAGCAAAUCAGAGCUCAAAAGGAUAUUCUCGGAAUUCCAGUGUUACCCGAUAAGGUGAUAUCGGAUGCUCUCUGGAUGUCGAUGGAGAUUCGCCAGAAGGUUUUCAAUGCUCACGAAGAUGACAUUGAGCUUGGUUUGAGUGAAGCGGCCGAUACCUAUGAGACCGACGAUCAAGAGGUGGUGGACAGGCCGACUUCGUACAAAGGAAAGGCGCGUGAAGGUUCUCAUGCUUCCCGAGACAUUGGGCUGGAGAGUUCAAAGCCCACGGCGUGGCAUAAUAAUACUAAACCACGGAAGUUCUGGAUUCCUGGACAUGAUGUGUCAUGUAUCAUGGGUGGGACCCGUGAGGCCAGUUUGGCAGCGAACUCAACCAGUAUCGCUGAGUGGAGCACCCACGCAGCAAGAUUAUCCGCAAGCCUAGAGCCAACGGAUGUUGCAUGGGCUCUCGACUUCCAGACGGCCACUGUGAUUGACGGCGCUAGACCUCCGUCGCGAUCACAUUCACCGCCGCUCACUCCACGGUACAGUAUCUAUCCUCCUUUCCGCUUCUCUGCAGAAUUCCCCCAUCCUAGAACGCUAAAGGAGAAGAAACGGGUUUACUCGCAUACAGUGUGGUACGCUGGUAGUAUGUGGAACCUCUAUAUCCAGCGUGUCAUCACGGCCAAAGUGCCACAGCUAGGAGUGUAUCUGCAUCGGGCAAAAGACAAGGAGCCUUGUGAUGACCCCUUGGCACAAUUUGUCCCGGCUUCGGUCGACGACCGUAUCGGACAAUUGGAGCGUGAAAUGCUUCUCCGAAAAAAUGAACGCAGAACCCAAGGCUGGAGAGUGGAAGACACGGCUCGAGCAAGCGAUGCUGAUCGUGAGGAUGACUCAGCGGGGUCUCCACAAGACUUUUCGUUCACGUUCAAACCAGAAAGUGAAGGUUUCUCUAGAUCCCGGCGUGGAUUGGAAAAGUCGCAAAAAACAUGGCAAACCCCUGGUCAUGCUAGCUAUGUGUCAGAGGAUAUAGAAAGUCCAAUGGCUCAAAUGCUUGAAUACGAUGAAGAAGACGAUGAGCUGGUCCGGGUGAACAGGAAGUUCAACAACUCGGCGAUCCCACCGUAUAUGGACUCCCGCCCAACCAUCAAGACAUACUUCAAGAUCUAUUCGCCGAGCAAGGCGGGUCGACUACUCAGCAUUUAUGAAAGCGCGCCGGACAAAUUCGAUGUCAGCAAGAGCUGGGGCUGGAAGAGUAGCCAAAUGGUCCUGGACGAUGGCAUUGGAGGAUGUGACUCGAUCAAGCCGACCAAGGAGGGCAAAUUGAGGUAUAUGGUGGUUAUUGGGAAUAUUUGAACUUGGGCAAUGCAUGGUUUGAGGCUGAGGCUGGUGCUGCUUUCUUCAUCCGCACACUCAUAUCUUUACAGCCAGAACAAAUUUGAUGGGAUUGUUGAUACCUGUUUGUGUUGGGCGGACGAUUGUUGAUAUCAUUACUUACUGAGCGAUGCCUGUGUAUUGUCUAGCGUACUGGAGUCAGAUUGAUUGGCAGUACAAUCGUCUGGAACGCAGAGCACACCAUCUUGUUCUCACGAGUACUAUCACCCUCAUCUCUCAAACAUUGAUUAGCCGAUACAACCUAUGAGCUGCCUAAGGCCUCUUGUAUUGCCUGUUUACCACCACCAAAGUCCUAUGAAAUAUCAUCAGUGUCUGUCUUUGUAAA